ACUAUGUUCCUGGUCGCUACAGAAAUUCCUCCAAAUCUCACUCCAGCUCAAUGGUUCAAUAAGCAGCAUGUGCAACACCCCAAGACCAAAGCCUCCAGUGAUGACAUAUACUGCAACAAUGAGAUGAGACGAAUCAGUAACUAUACCCAUAGGUGUAAAUCUUUCAACACCUUCCUGGAUUACAUGCUUGAGGAUAUCAUCAAUGUUUGUUUCACACCCAACAUCACCUGUAAGAAUCUGCAGAAGAAUUGUCAUAAAAGUACAUUGGAAGUUCCCAUUACUAACUGUGACUUGACCAGUGGUCAUUAUCCCAACUGUCGUUACCAUGGCACUUCUAAAAUGGCAUCCUUUGUUAUUGCCUGUAAUCCCCCCUUGCCAGCCGACCAUAGCAGAAGUAAAUUACUUCCUGUGCAUUUGGAUAGCAGCACUGAGGGCCCGGGUCCCAUACUUCUAUCUCCUUAAUUUCUAAGACACUAAUAUUUUACCCUUCUGCUUCAAAUUAUACUAUAGAAUUUUUUCUUUGACUUUUCUUACUUCCCAAGUCCCUGUUAAUGUCUCUUAUCCAUUAACUUGUCAGAAAUUCUCCUGCAUGAGUUUUUUUUAAACCCUUAACUUCUGUGUAUUGGCUCCUAGGUAGAAGAGUGGUAAG